AUGGGAGGUAUUCUGCAGAACAUCAACACAAAGCUCGCGCAAGGAGGCAUGAAUAUGCAGGUUCCGGUGCCAAAGGCAGACGCCCCUGUUGCUUCAGGCUUUGGGGGCAUGUUAAAGCGGUGGGGCUUAGGGGAUGGGGCUGCAGCCGCUUUUGGCGCGCCGCAGCCAGGUGUUAGUGCUCCCCAGUCACAACCAACCACCGGGAUGGUGCACUCGCAAACGAGGACAGCAGGGAUAUCUACAGCGAAGUCAUCUUCGCCUGCCCGGGCAGCGACAUCCCAAAGCUUGACGUCACAAAGCACGAUCACUCCGACAUCGACAAGCUCUCUCCCGCUACCAUGCGAAGACGUGCCGCUUAAACGUGUCCAAUUCACAGUCUCGAGCAUGUGUGUCACAUACCCUAUUUCGAACAUGUACACACCCGGCUCGGAGGAUGUGACACGGAAAAAGGUGGAGCGCGAACAUCGAAAAAAGCUGUCCGAGCGCAGGCGCAAGCGUUGGACACUCAAAGAACUUGAAGCACUCUACCGGGAAUGUUGUCGGACGAGGGAAGAGCUACCGCUCAAAAAGAUGAGGUUCGUGUUUCAAGAGGCUGCGGAAGGCCACCGGCAGGCGAAUGGCGGAGAGGGAGCCGGAAGGGACGGCCCGCUCAAGACGCUUGACUUAAGCUUCCUGCCGCUCGAUCGAGCUGCCAUUGAUCCGCUCGCUGAUCUUCUGAGCGUCGACUUUGGCCUCACAAAGCUUGUCUUGGAGAAUUGCGGCCUGACAGACGACGGACUCAAAGCAAUUCUUCACGGCCUGCUCAUUUCGGGCACUUUGCCGAAUCUUAGCUUAGCUGCCAACAAGAAGAUUAAGUAUAAUGGCUGGCGAUACGUCUCUGGGUUCAUUCGACGUGCGCAAGCAUUGCGAUACUUGGACCUCUCGGAGAACAACAUCACGCGCCCGGCGCUCGAGCUGCUGGUUAGCAGCCUGGUUAAGUCUCAAUCGACUCUUCUCGAGCUGAAAGCAAAGGCAUCAGAAACGAAGAUGGCCGAUGGCGCAUCUGAAGCCGGAAGAGGAAAGGCUUCAAUAGAGGCUGAGGAAGGAGAGCUGGACGAAGAUGGGUUGCCGCUGAUGCCUGGAGCGCCCCUGCUGCGCAAUGUUGCAGAGGACGGGGUGUCUCUUUCAUCUUCCAUAAUAUCCCUUCGACUUGAGAAUUGCGCUCUCAAAAGCCCGACGACUUUGGAGAUUCUAGCGAAUGCAGUACGCUUUUCGACGCUCAAACACAUUUCAAUACGCCGAAACCGCAUCGGACAGGCCGGCUGCCUUCCACUUGCAAAUCUCCUGAAAGACUAUCCAGAUAGCUAUGGCGCGACAGCGGUCCAAGGCGGCAAUGUGAUCAGCAACCCAACCGGCAGUAAUGCACAACAAGACGUGAAUGGUGUUGGGCUAGGCAGCUUCCGAACAGUGUCGCCGGAACUUCCCGAAGGUCCGAUCGUCGUCUCAAGCCCUGCUGGGGGAAUCACCAGUCGCAAGAUUCCUACUGCCCACCGAACAGCAUCCUUGCAAUUGGACGCCGAAGCAACUGUCAACAGGCAAUCUGGUAGCACGUUUGAUCCGCAACGACGCACCACGAGCAACGCCUACAAUGUUCCAGAGGUGACGUUAUUGCAAGCCAAGAAAGCGAAGCAGUUGCUGGCCGAAGCGCCACGCAUGGGCUCUUUGUUGACACUGGACCUCAAAUCGAACGACAUUCGCGGCGGUGUGGUGAAUCUCGCGCAGGCACUCAAGAAGAAUCGAACCCUGAAGGUGCUCAAUCUUAGUGAUAACAACCUGGACGUUGCAGGUCUGGUAUCGAUUGCCGACGCUCUCAAGUACAAUCCCAUCCUGGAGACCCUAGAUGUUAGUCGCAACCCAUGCUCAGGUCCCAGUAUCCAAGGUAUCACGACGCUACGCACAGCCUUCACGCUCAACUCAAACCUGAAGCGUCUCUUCUUGAAUGAUACGGACCUGCCUCCCGAAGGCGCAAUUGCACUUGCUGAAUUCUUGCCAGAGGCAAAAAGUCUUAUUCACCUCGACCUAACCGAGAAUUUUGAAAUUGACAUUGCCGGCGUCAUGGCGCUUUCAGUGUCGCUCAAGAUGAACCGGAGUCUUCGUUGCCUCGACAUCAACAUUCCACCGAACAAUCGUGACUUUGCCCGCUUAUCGCAAGAGAUCUUGCAAAGCUGCGUGCGCAACACCGAGAUCGCUCAGCAAAAGGCGAAUCAACGUGGCCUGAAGCAGCCUAUCCCAGCGCCGAUCUAUAAAUCGGUUGUGGCCAAAGCUGCGGCGCAAGAACAAGGAGAGCGCCAGAAGGCUAUCGCAGCUGCUCAGCAGGCUGCGAAGGCACACAGGCAGGACGUGGAUGAGCUGGUGCAGUCUGCUGCCCAGUGUCGAGAUGUGCUGCGGACCUUGCUCGAAUCGGAGACUGCACGACUACAACCGAGUGAAGGGUUCGAGCCGGCGUCAGAUCUACCGGACGUAGUCGAGGACCUCAUGCGUGAGAGCCUCAAGAUCAAAGGGAGACUUGUACGUGUCAUCGACGGCAUGGAAGAAGGCCGUCUGCUUGAGCGAGUCCUCGCACUCAACGAUGAUCUUGAGUCCCUAACAACGCACGUUGGAAAGCUUUACAAGCUGGUUCAACCGCUUGCACAAGGAAGACAAGACCCAUUAUCCGUUUCAAUCAAAGAGCCACAGAGCAACGACCUGCUGAAGACGCCAGCCAUUGAUGCAACACUCUCUUCGCCAACCUUUUCAAUCGGAUCUGAUGACGAGGAUGACGCAGACCCAACGAAGUCUGGUGCUCCCCAUGCGGAUACAGACGAGCCAAGGGCCUUGAGGGAGCAAGUCAUUGAGCUCAAGAUCAACACAGGCGCUGCCUCGAAAGCACGCUCGGAUGGCGAUGGCCUCUCCCCUGUCGAGCAGAAGGCAAAGGGAUUCCUGUCGGAAGAAGGAGAGCUCUUCCGCAAAGCCAAGGCUCUUUCGAUCGAUGAUAACACUGAAGAUGUCGAAGAGCAUGGGGUCCAGGAAGAAGGAGCGCCGGCAGCAAGGGCUGGACGAUCGGGGCGAGAGGAUGACUUGCUUGCGCCGCCGAAACAUGGACGAUCAAGAUCCGGUAGUAGUAGCAGCACGAGCAGCGUGGGUGCUUCGGUAGACGCAGGGCCUUCCGUCAGCGGGGAGGAUCUCCGGGCGGAGCUGCUCGGCGUCGACAUCCCCAAGUCUCACAGUCGUGCUUCGUCCGAUGAUUCGACCUCGAAGCCUGAAGCCACUGAGCAGAAUUAA